AUGACAAUAGAUAAUCUGGAGAGAAGAAAAGACUAUAGAGAUCGUACAAAUCUCUUAACAGACUGGACCAGAAUUUUGCGAAAAAUUGAAAAUUCCGAAAUUGAAUACUUAACAAAAGCUGUGGCAGUAGAAGCUGGUGGUACAGCAACCCAACCAAUGGAACAAGCUGGUAUCACUGAAGAUGUGAUACAGAAACUUCAAGAGCGAGCAACUGUUCUUACUCAAGAACGAAAACGACGUGGACGCUCAGUUCCAGAAGAUCUUAUGCCUCAGGAUAGUAUCCGAUCGUUCCAGACUCUUGCAUCACAUCCUGGACUUCACUCUGCCAGUGUACCUGGAAUUCUGGCGCUUGAUAUUCACAGUGCGGAUACUAGCAAGAUUUUAACAGGUGGCGCCGACAAGAACGCCACUGUUUUCAACAAGGAUACUGAGCAAGUGGUGGCAAUCCUUAAAGGACAUACGAAAAAAGUUACACGAGUUAUUUAUCAUCCAGAGGAGGAUGUAGUGAUGACUGCGUCACCUGAUACUACAAUUCGUGUGUGGAACGUUGGUACCAGUCAAACAACAUUAUUAUUGAAAGCUCACGAUGCACCUGUGACUGGAUUGUCACUACAUCCAACUGGCGAUUAUCUACUAAGCUCCUCUCUAGAUCAACAUUGGGCCUUUUCAGAUAUACGUACUGGGAGAUUACUGACCAAAAUUGCAGGACAAGCAGGACAGCCAUUAACAACGGCACAAUUCCAUCCUGAUGGUUUGAUAUUUGGCACUGGCACAGCGGACUCUCAGGUGAAGAUCUGGGAUUUAAAAGAACAAUCUAAUGUUGCAAACUUUCCGGGACAUACAGGUCCAAUUACAGCGAUUAGUUUCUCCGAGAAUGGAUAUUACUUGGCAACAGCUGCAGAAGAUUCAUGCGUCAAGCUUUGGGAUUUACGCAAGCUGAAGAACUUUAAGACAUUACAGUUGGAGGAAUCUUAUGAAGUAAAGGAUAUCUGCUUUGAUCAAAGUGGAACUUAUUUGGCUGUAGCAGGAACAGAUGUUAGGGUAUAUCUUUGUAAGCAAUGGCAGGAAUUGAAAGUGUUAAAUGAUCAUACAGCGGCGGCUACUGGUGUUCGUUUUGGAAAGCAUGCACAAUAUAUCGCGUCUACUAGCAUGGACAGAACAUUGAAACUCUACGGAUUAUCAUAAAUAUAAUUAGAAAUAUAUAAACUCCAUUAUUUAACUUGAUAACAUUAUUUUGUAAAUGUCUAAUGAAUCCUAUCAAUUUUGACUUUAUUUCUUAAAUUUUUCUUAUCUAUUAAAUAAAAAUUUAGAGGUAAUAAACAA